UAACAGAGUGUUGUAUUAUUUUGGUGUCCCCUUACUCUUAACGUUCAAAUUUACCCUCUUGUCCUCUUCCUCUCUCUCUGCUACCCACCUUUAAUUCAAACUUCAAAUAUUUCAAAGUUCAAAUCUUUAUAGUAUCUAUCCUAAGCUUACUUGGGGUAUAAAAUUCUACUACUCUACUGAAAUUUUACUGUUGCUCUCCUCAUUCAAAAAAGGAAAGUGCUUUUAUUGCUGGUAAGCUCCUCAUUCACAAACAAUCUUGAAUCCACAACAAACAUUCAAUUCUCAAAAAGCUAAAGCCUUUUUCUUGAUUUUCUGCUUUCUGGGUGUUUCUUCUUUCUUCAUUCUGAAGGCUUUUAGUAAUCAACUACUGAAGAAAUAAUCAAGAAAGGUGAAGUUUUGUUGGAAUUCUUUCUGAUCAAGACUUAAAAGUGUUAGAAGAUUGCAUCAUUGAACAUUUUAAGAAGGUGAAAUGCCACGAUCAAGGGGAUCAGAAAUGCCUCAAAGGCAAUCUCCUCGAGUCCCUUUGCAACUCAGAACAUCAAGCUCUGAUUCUGAUCCUCUACACCAUCGAUCAGUGACUGACCGGAGUCCUAAAUUGAGUGAUCGUCGUUCGCCACGAGGCACUCAAUCUGAUCCACUGAAUCAAAGAAAGCUCGGAACAAGAAUUGCAGAUUUGGAAUCCCAACUUGGGCAAGCACAAGAUGAGCUCAAAUCUCUUAAGGGGCAGUUAGCUUCAGCUGAGGCUGCAAAGAAAGCAGCUCAAGAACAGCUUGAGAAGAAAACCAAGAAACCAACUGUUGCUGAGCCUGAGCAAAUCCAAGAAACCAACAACAACAACCCAACUCAUGAAAUUCCAGAUGAUGACCAGAAAGAAACCGAUGUUUUUGAAGUUCCAAUUGAGAAGGAAACAGUGGAGCCUCCUCCAAAUGUUGAAAUAAGCCACCCCUCUGUUGAAGAGGACCUGAAAAGUGCAAAUCUAUCGCCUGCUGAACCACCAGCCAUUGCUAAACCGGUUGCUGAACCGGAGAAACCAUCAGUUGAAGAGAUGAAUUUGAAGGAUGAAGAAAUAUGCUCAUUAAAAUCCAAGUUGGAGGAGAAAGAAAAAGAGCUUCAGGUUUUUAUCCAAGAUAAUGAGAACCUGAAGAAGGAGCUGAAUGAAAAAAUGCUAGAGAUAUCUUCCAUUACGGCCAAGGAAGAGGAAACGAGCCUCAAGCUAAACCAAGUAGCACAAGAGCUGGAAACAAGCAAGAAUAAUGCAGUUAAUAUAGAGGAGAAACUUGAGGCUACUGAAAAGGCAAAGGAGGCAUUAGAAAAUGAGAUGAAGAAACUGAGAGUCCAAACAGAACAAUGGAGGAAAGCUGCAGAUGCUGCAGCAGCAGUAUUAGCGGGAGGCGUGGAGAUGAACGGGAGAAGACUAUCUGAGAGGUGUGGAUCAAUGGAUAAGCAUUACGGUAAUGUAUUUGAACCAGCAGUUGGAGGAUACGGCAGUUACAUGGGUUCGCCGGGGUUGGUUGAUGAUUCUGAUGAUGUUUUUGGACAUGGGAAGCGAAAAGGUUCUGGUAUUAAGAAGUUUGGUGACCUCUGGAGGAAAAAGGGCCAGAAAUGAAUGUUACCUUUUAUUGAAUACUUGAGAACAAUGUAUGUUAUGUCUCUUUGCCAGCAAAAAUGGUUCCUCACCAUUUCAACUUUCUUGGCUAAUGUAUGAAGGGCUGCUAUUAUAUGCUUGUGUUAAAUUGCUGUGGUUAGUUGUAUUGUUUUUUUUCUAGUCUA